AUGGUCAGUGCAGAAGCUGCUCAAGAAGCCUCGAAAUUCAAGGCUGAAGGAAAUGAGUUCAUCAAGCAAAAGGACUACAGUGCAGCGGUCGAAAGUUAUUCAAAGGCCAUCGAACGCGAUGAUACUCAAAGCAUCUACUUUUCUAACAGGGCUUUCGCAAGACUGAAACUGGACAACUUCCUCACAACAGUAGAGGAUUGUACCAAGGCUAUCGAGCUAGAUGCUCACAACAUCAAGGCUUUGCAUAGAAGAGGAUUGGCACAUGUUGGACUCCUAGACUUUGCACUAGCACGCAAAGAUUUCAAAAGACUUCUUCAGUACAAACCAAAUGAGUCCGCAGCGUUGAAAGCCCUUGAGACGUGCGAAAAGUUCAUUCGUCAGGAAAAGUUCAAGAAAGCAAUUGCUGGGGAUGGCGAUCAGGCAAAAAUCAAUAUGUGCGCAACAGUACAGCUUUCGUCUUUUGACGGUAAUUCCGAUUUUCAAAGCUAUAGGGGGCCCACAUUGGAAAUGACUCAAUUGGUGAAUGAAAAAAAUGAACCUGCUGGAGCGCAGAUCACAAAUAUGUCCCAAGAGUUCGUAUCGUCCAUGGUGAAUGACCUCUUCCUCAAGGGUAAGAGCCUGCCAAAAAAAUACGUAGCCGCCAUCGUUUCACAUGCGGAGCGUUUGUUUCACCUGGAGCCCUCGGUUGUGGAGUUGAAUAAUGCUACUGAAACUGACGUCAAGAUAUCGGUAUGCGGUGAUACACACGGUCAAUUCUACGAUGUCUUGAACAUUUUCCGCAAGUUCGGCAAGGUUGACUCCAAGCAUUCAUAUCUAUUCAAUGGUGACUUCGUCGACCGUGGUUCGUGGUCCUGCGAAGUAGCCAUUCUAUUCUACUGUCUAAAGAUUUUGUUUCCCAGCAACAUGUUUAUCAACAGAGGAAAUCAUGAAACUGACAAUAUGAAUAAAAUUUACGGUUUCGAAGACGAGUGCAAGUACAAAUAUUCCCAGCGGAUUUUUGAAAUGUUUUCCAGAAGUUUUGAAGCUCUUCCUCUUGCUACAGUCAUCAAUGACAAAUAUCUAGUCAUGCAUGGCGGUCUCAGCGCGGACAGUUCGGUAUCGUUGAAAGAUUACAAAGGCAUUGAUAGAUUCUCUCAGCCACCAAGAGAGGGUCCAUUCAUGGAAUUGCUAUGGUCCGAUCCACAGGCCGGUAAAGGUUUGGGUCCCUCAGAACGUGGAUUGGGACAUUCUUUCGGGCCCGACAUCACGGCCGACUUCCUCGCGAAAAACAAGUUAUCCAAGAUAUUCAGAUCUCAUGAGGUAAGGAUGGGUGGUGUGCUAUUCGAGCACGACAAGAAACUGGUGACUGUUUUCAGUGCGCCAAACUACUGUGACUCUCAAGGCAACUUAGGCGGGAUUAUCCAUGUUGUCCCUGGCAUGGGAGUGAUAGGCCAGAAUGGCAAUGAUGAUGAGGACUUACUAGUGGAGACAUUUGGAGCGGUGGAUCAUCCAAACGUGAAGCCAAUGGCUUACUCUAACGGAGGGCUCGGAUUUUGA